AUGCUUAGCGCCAUUAUUUAUCGCUGCGUCCAAUUUUCUAAGUUUCUGGGUCUCUUCCUUUAUGCAGCUGGUAUCAUCGGUUUUCUGGCCCUUUCUCAAUCGGAGUUCAACUAUGAAACCUACGUCAGUGAAAAUGCAUUGUUAAUCGGUCUUGUUGAUGAAACGUAUAACCCGGAACCGAACAUUUCGAACGUCAUGAAAGAAUUCAUUGACGCCGCUCCAGAUAAGACCAAAACUGCCUUCAUUAUUCGCCAGGAGAUGGAGAAGUUUGGCCUUGAGGUUUAUGAGCAGAAGUUCACUUUUUCACAUAAGUUGCUAGAAAAUGUCGGGAAUGUUUCUAGCACGAACCUUUACGCAAUCAUGCGUUCCCGCACUGAUAGUCGCACAGAAGCGCUAAUUAUCAUAGCACCACUUCGAGCCUCUGGUGAAUCAGAGGAGAUCAUUCCAGGGACUUACACUUACCUGGUUUCUCUUGCAAAACAGCUUAGCACUCAACUCUACUGGGCAAAGGAUAUAAUAUUCCUUUUCCCCGAUAUGGAAUACAUUGGACUGGUGGCUUGGUUAGAUGCUUAUUAUGGUGUUAGCACGUCUCCCAUCGUUCAUGGCACCAAACUUAGGGGUCGUUCGGGUAGCCUCCAAGCAGGGAUUGUUCUGGAAUUCCCCUCAUUGAGCAUGGAUCGUUUGGAUGUCUCCUUCCAAGGUCUUAAUGGUGAAUUGCCGAAUCUAGACCUUAUCAAUACUGUCGCCCGUUUGGCAAAAAAACAUAGCAUUCCUCUCUCUCUUCACGGCCAACUUCAGGGCUUUACUUAUGCGAGUCCACUACCAGCACUAAAACAAUUAAUCAGCUCCAUCUGGCUACAGAGCUCUGGCUCUCCCUCGGGGUUACAUGGUCCCCUCAUAAAUUUCCAGGUGCCCUGUCUCACACUGCGUGGUAUCCGAAGUCGCGCCUCGGCUCAGUUGAACGCGAAUCAUAUUCGUCAAAUUGGCAGUCUGGUUGAGGCGUUUCUACGCUGCUUAAACAAUCUGCAGGAACGAAUGCAUCAAUCGUUUUAUUACUAUCUUCUGCCAGACCUCUGGCAUUACAUAUCCAUUGGGGUUUACUCUCCCUUCUUCUUUAUGGCUCUUGCAGGGAUGCUUUUGCAGGUUAUCCGAAUCUACAUCGAGUUUACCUCCAAACAGAAGCAGUCACCAAAGAAUUAUGCGGUCAAAUCCGUGUUAAAGGAAUGUGAUUCAACUCCUACCACUGACACUAUGGAUCCUGACACAGAGAUUCGGCAACGUCGUGCCGUCACCAUAACGUCGAAGAUCAUCAAAGACGUCACAGACAAAUAUCCUUUAGAGGAGGAGGACAAGGAGGUAAGAGAAGGAAAGGAAUUCAACAUUGCCGUUCUUCUACCUACUACGUCCUCACUGGGGCUGUGCUUUGUCGGUGGUGCAGUGACUCAUAUCUUUCCUGACCUCCUCUACGCUCGCCUCCUCGACUUCUCAACAGACAAUCCUAAUGGAGUGUGGCAACUCACCGAAGACUACUUCGCUGUCUUAUUUCUUGUCGCAGUUGCUGGCCUCGCUUUUCUGCUUCCUUUAUUAGCUGUAGUUAGUGGGAGCAUGUGUCCUUUUUAA